UUCAAGUAGAAUUGACAUUUUAAAGCUAAAAUAAUACAUGGAUCAUCUGAGUAUUCUGCUAUAAAUACUUUACAAAGUGGAUUUAUAAACUGUGAAGCUCCCUGGUGGUGUUCAAACGCUCCUACACAUCUCUGAGGCAGAAGCUGCAAACACACACUGACUGACGAAGAACAUGAGACAGCUGCUCCUAUUAAUAACCUCGACCCACUUACCCAUCACAAGACCCCUGUCCCCUCAGUGUGUUCGCUCCCUCAGAACAGCAAGUCCAGUUUCAGACAAAAGCCACCAGCUGACAGCAAAGGGGAAUACCAACAAUCAAAGAGCUCCAAAAAAAAGAGUUUCUUCUUAGAGAAGAAACCUGGGAACAUGAAGUCCCUGCGCUUCAUUGCUGCUGAGGGCUUCAUCCACACGGGUCCAAGUGCUCAGAGGAACCUCAACUGUGUGUCUUUUAACCUUUACCCGCUUCUCUUCAAGGCCUGCUACCUCCAUGAACAGGCUGACCUGUUGCAUACUUUGGUCCAGACGUGGCCUCUGCCAGAACUUGACCUUAAAAAAAUCCUGGGGAGAACCAUCGACUGUCAAGUGGACCUCACCUCUCGCACAUGCCGGCUUUGUUUGGAAGCAAUUCUGACUGGCUUAAAGGACUACGUGUUAUCGCCUCCAACGACCUACACCAAGAACCUCCGUGUGGUCGACCUGACAGCCCUUAAGGAUGUUGAACACCAAAUCUGUCCCUGCAAAUCCACUCUGGGUCGAUGGGCAAGAACCAAACUCCUAACCCGAAUGUGCUAUGAGACCAUGGUGGCAAUGCAAGCCAGUGAUGUGUCUCAGUUUGCCUUUGAAACGGCGAUCGACGUUCGUCUGAACGGCUUCAUCACAGGCCGCAGUUACGAGUUGGUGGCUCAGGCCUUCUUGCUGCUCCGCUACUGUCCUCUGAAGCCCCGCUUCAUCAGCUUCAGAGCCGACUCCCUCACUCUUAAGCAGCUCUUCUACGUCCUUCGUCUGGCCGAGCCGGAGUCCAUCACAAAGCUUGAGGUGGUCCACAAUGUUCCCCUCGAAGCUGUACAUCUAGAGGUGCUACUGUCCAGAGUGGAGUUCACUAAGUUGCAGUCUUUAACGCUACCAGCUGGAGCUUUGGAUUUUAGGAGGCUGGGCUCUGAUGAUGAGAACCUUCUUGCAACAAUCGGAAAUCUGUUGGCACAAAUAAGCAGCCUCAUUGAGCUCUGUGUAGGGUUCUCUACUCUCACGGGACACCUCAGAAGACUCCUGAAUCCCCUCAACACUCCACUUCAGUGUCUGGAACUGGCCAACUGCUCUCUGAGCCGUGUGGACAUGACAUACCUGGCCAACAGCCUCCACAGUGAAGCGCUGGUUCGCCUAGACAUCAGUGGGCACAGCCUUUUUGGCUCUUUUUCCGCACCGCUGACGAAACUGCUAAGUCGCUGUUCAGCUACUCUAACACACUUGAUCCUUGAGGAAUGCGACAUCGAGGACGAACACUUGAACACUUUCAUUAACGCGCUGACUCCCUGCCAGAAACUCGAGGAGCUCAAACUUCUGGGGAACCCCCUCACUUCUGUUGGGUUGCAAGGUUUAUUCUCUGCGCUAUCUGCUAGUUUCCCAAAGCUGCGAUACAUAGAGGCGCCCGUACCCCGAGAAUGCUACCCUGAAGAGGUCACCUAUCCGCUUGAUGAAGCCGUCUUGCUGUCCUACAACAAGGAUUUGUUUCAGGAGAUCAUGAACCAGCUGUUGGGAGUCCUACAAAGAGCUGGCAAAGAUCAUGUGGAGGUGUGCACCCCCGUCAUGGGCGCCUACGAUCCAGAUAUUAAUGAAACGAACAAUGAACUGGGAGUCUCCAUGCUGAAAUCUUUCAACAGUGUUAUUGGGGACUUCAUAGGUACAAUUACAGAUGUGGACAACAGGAGAUCACAGUUUCAGAGAGAUUACUGAUGUAGUUUGACUCUAUGAGAAGAUAGUCUGAAUUUAGAAUAAUAGUAAGUUCUUUAACUGCUUUCUGGCUUUAAAUUUUUUGGCUAAUUUAUGCCAAAUCACAGCAAACAAAUAUUAAAAUCUUUCCUUGGAAGCCAACACCAAAAUCCCAUAAGCUGACAGAAAGCCCACAACUUUUUGUUGUGUGA